CUGUUGGAAAUCAUCAUGGUUGUUGAUAUAGUCUACAGRGAAUUAUAUCGAUUCAGGUAAUAAACGUCCUGUAGCUUUAGCGUUCUCGAUUCUGCUAUGGGGAUCAACGUUGAGGCAGUUGAAAACGCUUUCGAAUGGGAAACRUUCGAAGAUGGAAAACCAUAUCUUGGAACUUACAGACACGAGAUACCAAAUCGUGUUAAAAUGAUGACCAGGAAAUUAGAUCUCAAGAAUUGGGUUAAGAUUGAUCGCACAUAUGCGUCACAGAUGCGGGAAAAGGAGAGACUGUUAGACACGUUGAGAAGCGAGGUGUKUGUCACCAACCUUGAUGAAUCAACGACGCUGGCAAAGAGGGAGCUACUGGAAAUGUUAUGUGAUUAUCUUCCAGAACGAUUUCCCGAUAAGUUCGAAGUAAGAGAAGGAGGCGUUUACAACAAAAUGUUACAGGAAUUCGUAUCUUCAUCGGACAAAGCGGGCGAGGACGACCCUCUUGUUAGAUGCGGUCGACUUACGCAGGAAGAUUGGUGCAUUAUGGAAUGGAAUGAUCACCAUCAGGCAUAUUGUCUAACAGCUGGGAUUGUGUGCUUUCCGUCUCUUUGGUYGCUCCGAGAAAAGUGGAAUUUACCCAUGAUAGGAAUUCACCAACCGGUCGAUGGUUUUACAAAACACAUUAAAACACUCGUACACAAUCUCUUAAAAAGUAUUACACCCGACACACCGAUCUACAGAGGAAAUUGGUCGAUAUCCGGUGAUCUUGAUGGACCGCUCGAUUUGUACAAUACCGUGUCACGUGAUUGCCUUAACGCUGCUAAGGGUGGAGUUCGAUCUUAUGAAGGCGAGAAAACGGGUCACGUGUUGACAUUAAGAUGCGAAUAUCAGACACUGAGGAAACUCGAAAAGAGCAAAGCCAUAAUAUUCAGUAUUCGCACCUACCAGAUGCGUCUUGAGGAUUUCAAGAAUUUUCCAAGAGAGGAUACAGAAAUGUUGAUUGAGGCCAUCGAAAACAUCCAUCCAGACUUCAUAGAAUACAAAGGUGUCGACCAUUGGAAGGAAGCUGCACUUCAGUACUUGAAACGAGACGUCCUUGGAGAAGAGGAAGCAUUUCAMUUCCCUUGGAUCAAGAACCCUUGGAAAACAGCCUUGGUUCUAGCUUUCUGUGCAUCAACGCUUUCAGUGGUAGUAUCUUUAUUAAAGCGCUAGAUUUAGAAUAAGCAUAGAAGGAAUAGACGUUUCCUUGUCACUUGUCAUAAUACGCUUUGUUCUCGUUCUAAGAGUUACACCGCUGUUACAGUAGUAGACUCACUUGCACAGGGAACUUGCC